GUCGAUCUAGUAGAAUUAGCUGUACUCGUUGGAGAUAGAAAAAAAAAAAAAAAAAAAAGAAAAGAAGAAAAAAAAAUCGAGGUAAGAUAACAGUGAAGUGGAAGAACUUAAUCGAAUUAAUUAUGGGGGCGUUGAAUGGAAGUGAUUGGCAAUUAAGUCGGAUAUAAGUCGUAAGAAAAACGAUUUGGAGAAGUAAUCUCAUCGAAGAGGCCGAGAAAAGAGUCAUCGAGAGAAACCGCUUGACUCAUCAAAAUAAAACGUUGAUCCAUGUUGUAAGACCAGUGCCGUUGCUUGUGUAUAUACAUACUCGUAUACGUAUAACCAUAUAAAAGUGUCAUCGUGCCAUUCGCCGAGGAUAGUUGGACUCGAAGCUUCGAACGAACAUGAUCGAGAUAAUUAUAUUGUUUCUUGGGAUUUACGGAACGUUCGCCGUUCCGUACGAGCCGCUCACGGAUCGUGAAUUCCGCACGCUAGGUAAUGACGCGGACGAUGACACCGAAGUCGUCGAGGUUCGUCUUCCAGGUUCGAGAAAUUUAAAUGAAAAAGCUUUACCAAUAUCUCAUCUUUAUGACGUCGAAACCGAUAGCUUACCAGGCAAUCAAAAUUUAGACGAAAAAUCUCAGAUACGCGUGAUUCUACCUGGUACUGAAAAUCUUGCGGAAAAAAGUAUACCCGAUUACGUACUUAAAAGGAUGGCCAAUCCAAAAAAUCAUCGUAUCUCUAGUCAUCCUGAUUUCGAGGAAAUACCUAUCCAGUGAAAGGAAGGAACAACGAUCGUUGUUAAUUAAUUAC